AUGAUUGCUGAUUAAAUGUUGAAUCGUUUAUUAUAUUUACAUUCAAAGGGGUAUAUACAUAGAGAUAUUAAACCUGAUAAUUUUAUGAUUGGAAGAGGAACAGAUAAAAAUGUUAUUCAUUUAAUUGAUUUUGGAUUAGCUAAAUCUUAUAUUUAAAAGGAUGGUAGUCAUAUUAGUUUUUAAGAAAAAUGUGGUUUUAUUGGUACUUCUAGAUAUGCUUCAGUUUAAUCCCAUUUAGGGUAAGAAUAAUCAAGAAGAGAUGAUCUUGAGUCUCUUGGUUAUACUUUAAUAUAUUUUUUAUAAGGAGGCCUAUUACCUUGGAUGAAUUUAAAAUAUAAAACUAAAUAAGAACAAUAAUAAAUUAUUGGAUAAAUAAAAUCUAAAAUACCCAUGAAUGAAUUGUGUAAAGGACUUCCUAUUGAAUUUAAUUAAUAUAUGGUUUAUGUAAAAAAUUUAGGAUUUUCAGAAGAGCCAAACUAUAAUUAUUUAAGAAAGCUUUUUAGAACUUUAUUUCUUAAAGAAAAUUAUGAAUAUGAUGAUGUUUUUGAAUGGAUUAACGAUCCUAUUACAACUGCUGAUAAAAGAAAUAUGUUUGAAAAAUUCAAAUCUAUGAAUCCUACUCCUCUUGAAGCCAAACUAUUAAGAAAAAACACAAGAAAAUCAUCUUAUGAAUAUAAAAAACAAAUUGAACUAUAGGUAAAAGAAGAAGACUGGAAAAUCCAGUAAUAUUGCUCAUAUAUAAAUAAGUUAAAAUGA